GAGGAUUACGAAGAGAAAAGAAAAAACUGCCUAAAGAUUAAAAUUGGUGAAGAAAAAAAGGGGAGGGGGUGGGUGUUUAAAUUUUGUUAGAUCUGUGGUUGAAUUUUGGUAACCGGAAAAAUACUUGCCAGUAUUUCUUCUUAGUCGAAAUUUGCCAUAAAUGAAUUCUUCGAUCCGACCGAGAAAAACCCUAAAUUUUCAGCUCCUCAACAAAAUCUACCAUGCUGUUGCUUGAACAAAAGAGAAUCAAUUGACCACAGAACAAUAUUUAAUCAUCACUUUGAUUUUAUUGAUUGAUAGAUUGUUUGUUAAUUGCUCUGUGCAUUCUGCGAUUUCUCAAAAGGCUUCUUCAAUGGCGGAUGCACUUUCGAUAAUUCCGGCCGGUGUGCUUCGUAAUCUUGCCGAUAAGUUGUACGAGAAGCGGAAAAAUGCUGCUCUUGAGGUUGAAGGGAUUGUGAAGCAAUUGGCUACGGCUGCAGAUCGUGAGAAAAUAAGUGCUGUGAUAAAUUUGUUGACUGAGGAAUUUACCUAUUCACCGCAGGCUAAUCAUCGAAAGGGUGGAUUGAUUGGAUUAGCUGCGGCAACUGUUGGUUUGACCACUGAGGCUGCUCAGCAUCUUGAGCAAAUUGUACCGCCUGUGCUCCAUUCCUUUUCUGAUCAAGAUAGUAGAGUUCGUUAUUAUGCAUGCGAAGCAUUAUACAACAUUGCAAAGGUUGUAAGAGGGGAUUUCAUUGUGUUUUUCAACCAGAUAUUUGAUGCUUUGUGCAAGCUAUCUGCAGAUUCUGAUGCUAAUGUGCAGAGUGCUGCUCAUCUCUUAGAUCGGCUUGUGAAGGAUAUUGUGACAGAAAGUGAUCAAUUCAGCAUUGAAGAAUUCAUACCAUUGCUGAGGGAGCGCAUGAAUGUAUUAAAUCCCUUUGUUCGACAAUUCCUGGUUGGAUGGAUAACUGUCUUGGACAGUGUUCCUGAUAUUGAUAUGCUGGGAUUUCUUCCUGAUUUCCUUGACGGAUUGUUUAAUAUGUUAAGCGAUUCUAGCCAUGAAAUACGACAACAAGCAGACUCAGCAUUAUCAGAGUUUCUCCUAGAGAUCAAGAACUCUCCAUCGGUAGACUAUGGUCGAAUGGCUGAAAUUUUGGUUCAAAGGGCGUGUGCUGCUGAUGCAUUUACUCGUCAGACUGCCAUCACCUGGAUAAAUGAAUUUGUGAAAUUAGGUGGGGAUCAGCUCGUUCCAUAUUAUGCUGACAUUCUGGGAGCAAUAUUGCCAUGUAUUUCAGACAAAGAGGAGAAGAUUAGAAAUGUGGCUCGAGAAACCAAUGAAGAACUUCGCUCCUUCAAGGCAGCUCCAGGUGAAGGAUUUGACGUAGGAGCAAUCCUUGCUGUUGCAAAGAGUCAUUUGUCUAGUGAAUGGGAAGGCACUCGUAUUGAAGCACUGCACUGGAUUUCAGCUCUUUUGCGUAAGCAUCGUAGUGAGGUUUUAUCGUUUCUAAGUGAUAUAGUUGACACGCUUCUCAAAGCACACUCUGAUUCUUCAGACGAGGUAGUGCUCUUGGUGCUUGAGGUGCAUGCAUGCAUAGCCCAAGACACCAAGCACUUCCACAAUCUUCUGGUUCAUUUGCUUCAGAACUUUCAGAAAGAUAAUUCUCUUUUAGAAAAACGGGGUGCGUUGAUAAUUCGGCGGCUCUGUGUACUCCUUGGUGCUCAAACUGUGUAUCGUGAGCUUUCCGUUAUUCUCCAGAAGGAACCUGAUCUUGAUUUUGCUUCUAUCAUGGUUCAGGCAUUAAAUUUAAUUUUACUCACAUCUUCUGAGUUAUCGGAACUGCGGGAGCUACUGAAGAAAUCUCUUGUCAACAGUGCUGGGAAAGACUUGUUUCAUGCCUUAUAUGCUUCCUGGUGCCAUUCUCCAAUGGCAAUCAUUAGUUUGUGCUUAUUAGCUCAGACAUACCAGCAUGCCAGCACUGUCAUACAGUCUCUGGUUGAAGAGGAUAUCAACAUUAAAUUUUUAGUCCAGCUUGACAAGUUGAUUCGGUUACUCGAGACUCCAACUUUUGCAUAUCUGAGAUUGCAGCUUCUGGAGCCUGGAAGAUAUACAUGGUUGUUGAAAGCCCUUUAUGGCCUGCUUAUGUUACUUCCCCAGCAAAGUGCAGCCUUCAAGAUAUUACGUACUCGGUUGAAAACUGUGCCCUCAUACUCUUUUAGCGGUGAGCAACAUCAAAAUAAAUCUCAAGAAACUUCAAACACAGGGGGUCCAAAUCACAUGGAUAGUGGACCAAACUGUACUCAAGAUGGUGUUGCACAGGAUGUGGAGAUUAUGUGCAAUGGCAUUAAUUUUGCUUCGAGACUGCAGCAGUUUCAGAAAAUGCAACAGGAACACCGUGAACAUGCAAAAUCACAAGCACGGUUUAAAAAGGCUUCAGUCUCUUUGUCAAAGGAAACUCUAUCACCUGAAGAAAGCAGGGAGCAAUCAUCCACCACAGACACGAACCAGCCUCCAAAAUCUUUAAGGAAAGGUCCAGGACAGUUGCAAUUGUAAUUAGGUAAUCUCAUUCAAUUCUGGUGUGGCUGCUCGUUCCCUUCGCCUGGAUCUCAUUCAUGGAAGCUGUGAUGGGAUCUUAUAUUAUUUGUAAAAUUGUAUAUUUCCUAGCUUUUUUGUUCUUUUGAUUAGGCAAGAUUUGGUGGUCGGUAGUUUACAUUGAGAGAACCCUGGGGUAAUUAAAACAGAGAUAUCUACUUUUGGUUUCUCUGUUUUACAUUUUUUUUGGGGGGGGGGGGGGGGGGGGGGUUCAAGGAACGACGUUUUGCCCACGUGGUUCUUGUUGUUUUAUUGUACACCACGAGGGAUAGAGGGGCAUAUCUACUUUGCAAAGACCAUUGAUUGUUUAUCUGUUGCAAAAUUAAAAUAAACUGGCAUCUGAUUUGUGUAUAUAUAUAAUACUCGGCCUCAAGAUUGAAUUUAUAGCAUU